AUGAAAGGAACACUAAAGUACUUGGCAGGAAUUGCAGGGCCAAGUGGUUAUGGCUCCAAAUCAACUGCUGAACAAGUUACUCAAGAUUAUUGUUGUUCUUCAUCAGCGCCUUCUCAUCGUUUAACUGCGAUAAUUACUGGAGCAACUUCAGGGAUUGGAGCUGAAACGGCGAGAGUAUUGGCGAAGAGAGGGGUGAGGAUUGUGAUGCCGGCAAGAGACUUGGCGAAAGCGGCGAAAGUGAAGGAGGGAAUCGAAAGGGAGAAUCCAAAGGCUGAGGUUAUAAUAAUGGAGAUUGAUCUCAGCUCCCUUACUUCUGUAGAUAGAUUCUGCUCCCAGUUCUUGGCUCUAAGAUUACCCCUCAAUAUUCUCAUAAACAAUGGAGGAAUAUAUUCCAAAUGUUUGGAGUAUUCGGAGGACAAGAUUGAGAUGACGUUCGCUACAAAUUACUUGGGCCAUCAUUUUUUGACAGAAAAGUUGCUGGAAAAAAUGGUGGAAACGGCAGCUCAGACUGGCAUCCGUGGAAGAAUCAUUAAUGUUUCUUCUGUGAUCCACAGCUGGGUGAAGCGGGAGAGUUUCAGCUUUAAUCAAUUGCUCAACCCAAAGAAUUACAAUGGCACAAAAGCGUAUGCACAAUCCAAAUUGGCCAACAUACUGCACGUCAAGGAACUGGCCAAACAGCUUAAGGCUAGAAAUGCAAGAGUAACCAUCAAUGCAGUACACCCCGGAAUCGUGAAGACCGGAAUUAUUAGAGCUCACAAGGGCUUUAUCACAGAUUCUGUGUUCUUCAUAGCAUCCAAGUUACUAAAAACAACAUCUCAGGGUGCUUCGACUGCGUGCUAUGUUGCUUUAAGCCCGGAAUUAGAAGGCGUAACUGGAAAGUACUUUGCAGACUGUAAUGAGUGCGAGUGCUCAAAUCUAGCAAAUGAUGAAUCUGAAGCAUACAAGUUAUGGAAGCAAACUCGUAUUCUAAUUCAUAGACGACUAUGUCAACCGCCGUCUUAA